AUGCUGCAAAAGCUAUUUCGUACCAAAUCCGUUUUUAGAGAUGUCGAAGAUGCUAAACACACACAAACCCUUCUGGAAGCUGAGCCCUGGUCACCGCCAGCCUUCAAUCCCGCACAAAUCCGCGUGAUCCUAUGCCAAGACACAGGUGACAAAACCAAAUUAACCCUUUUCGACUCGGCGUACUCGCUAGUACCAGGUUCGUCCGAAGAACGCACCGCGGAACUCCCGUCUUCGUGGAGCGGUGUCGGGUUUCUGAGUGGCGGUUUUUUGUCUUCCUCCUCGUCGUCGAUUCAGUCGCCAUCGGUGUCAUCCAAUACUAUUACGCGUGCUAUUAAUAUCGCGAGUAAUGCUAAAACUGCUCAUCCUAUUGCUACUACUACUUCUACAUCUAUUAUCAAUAAUAGCAAUCAUCAUCAUCAUCACCACAAUCAUCAUCACACGCAUCAUCCACACUCGCAUCACACGCAUCAUCCACACUCGCAUCACACGCAUCAUCAUCAAAGUGAUAAUAACAACUUAACUGAGGGAAAAAGACGAAGCUUAGAUUCAAGUAACAACGACAAUAAUAAUAAAUCUAAUGUGCAUACUCUUCCUCCGUCGCUCAGUCGUAAUAGCAUGUUGGCGAUACAAAGAAAGAUGAUGUUUGGCGCAGUUCCAUUAGCUUACAAAGGAAUGACCACCAAAAUUCACUACAUGAAAUCGCCAAAACCACAAAUCCUCCUAACAAAAUUAUUUUCCGUAAAUACGGGUGACUUGGAGAAUCAUUCGCCUGCGCGACGUAGUUCCUUCUCGUCUGUGAGCAGCGAUGCCAAUAAUGAUACACGUGCCGAUGGUGGUAAUGGCAAUAACAGUGCCAUACACCAAUGCCAAUCUUCUUCAUCAAGACCAAACUCUAUUUUCAACGCUGAAGAACAAUACUCUGAAUCAAGUGACGAAGAAUCGCUUCGAAUACCUAUCUACUCGUCCCCAUCGUCAAUUUUUCAUCCGGGACCGCCGAUACUGGGACUACGUACGAGCGGGAUCACCAUAUCGUCAACUACUUCGUCGCUUUCGACGUCGCCUCGAAACACAUUUACUAACCGUAGGAUAAGGCGAUUUAGUCAGACUAGUAUGGAAAAUGGUGUGUUCAAUCCGACUCCGUUACCGGGAAGUUUGUCGCGUAUCGAUUCGUCAAAUCUAAGUUUGAAAUCGCGCUCUAUUAUGUACGCUGUGGGUGUCGUGAUAACCUUGGAAGACAAUGAACUACUAGAGGAUUUCCUAUUCUCACAUUUCGCAUUACUGGAAAACAGACUGCAUCAACUUCAACAAGUGGCUUUUAAGUUACUGUGUUCCUCGUUACGAAAGGCGCCUCAGCAAGUAUCGAUAAGUGGGCCUAACUCGAUAUUUAACCCACCAAACCACCGUCAACGAUAUUCCGUACCAUACUUAUCGUCGCUAAUGCUACAAAAUGAGCCACUCUUAAUAGAGGCGGUCAUGCGUUUUAAGAACUCUUUGUGCCUGUUGUAUAGCACUCCACGUAUCCAGGAGCCGUUAUGGUUGAACAUUUCGACAUUUCCCACUCAAAAAAGCAACCUUGCAAAAAGCUUUUUUAUGGAGUUGUCUUAUUUGUUGGAUAAUUUCGACGAUAAGAGGACAAAUUUCUUCAUAUCGACACUGAUCACUACUGUUCUAAUGUAUCAUCUAUCUUGGGUUCCGACAGUUGCCCCUAAUGCAGAUUUCGAGGAUAGGGUACGUGUUGUUAAGAGUGUAAUUGGAAGUAAAUCGUCUUUUGAAAAUUUGAGUGCAAAGACAGACUGUCAUCAGUCCAUUACUACGGCACAAAGUACUUCAAGUGGCGAUAAUAAUUUAGUUAGUCAUGAAAAAUCAGCAAAAACAUCAACAACAACCAGCUCAUUAACAAACGCGAAGACUGCGUCACCCAUCGGAAAGAAUACACCCGCCGAUAUCCAUAUAAAUCAUGUAGAUACCAAUAACAAUAAUCAUAGCAUAGAUCACAAUAAGAUCAAAUCUAAUGAAAAUAAUGGGCAACGAAAACAACAACAAACGUCAAAAGUUAGCAAAAGAACUAGUGUAUUAUUAGAUUCUCAAGACGUAGAUCUUUGUAUGGAUCAGUUUAUGGAUGUGCCGAUGCCAAAGUCACAUAUUCCCACAACUAUUCCCAACUCAUCGUCACCGUUGCACGCAAAGCAAAGUUCAACGACGGGUAACAAGUCCACUAAGACGAAGUCCUCUUCAUAUCGUGCAGACCAACUAUACGUAAAGUCUUAUGGUCGCUCGUUGAUGGUUGGCUUGUGUGAUUCUUAUAUGUCGGAUUUUGUGCUUAUGGGAUUGCCGUGUUUCGAUUUUCAGGAUUCGUUGGAGACUGAUUUAAAAGAUUCCGUGCAGCAAUUUUCAUUACCAGACGAACCGGUGACGCGAUCUUUUUGCAUAUUAGGAAACCUCGACAACAAAAAUUGUACCGUACUUGGCUACGAAGCUUACAAUCACCAUCCUAAUUCAACAAUGCCAAAUCAGUCAUCAUCAACCACUAACAGAGUUAGAAUCGAGGGAGACCAGAUUCGGGACGGACCAAUGAUUUGUCAUCGACCUCAAAUGUCUCAUCAUGUCUAUACGCUACUACGUGAAUGCAAAAAUCUGUUCACGAAAAUGAAUAUGCCACCUGAAUCGGCAAGUAUUACUGCUAUUUAUUCUUAUACGCGUAUAUAG